AGAACGCAGAGGAUCCUCUCUACACGGCCGAAGCCAACGCAGGAAACCCAAAAAAAAACUAGGGUUUUAGCGUUCCAUCAUUAAUUAAUUUAAUAAAGAGAUCAAGAGGAGGAAGGAAAAAGCUCAAAAUGUCGACGAAAACCCUAGCUCGAGCUGGGUCAUCUCUCAUCAAUCGCCUCCUCGUCUCUAACCCCCUUAAACAAAACAAUGUCCUUCCUAAUUUGCUUCAGAUUUCCUCGAAUCCUCCUCCUCUUCGUUCGCUGCUCGACAAGAUGCGGAUCGAUCGGAACCCUAGCCGUGUUCAAGAAUCUGAUGCUGGAGGAGGAGACGCUGAUGCCCUGAAGAGAAUAGCUUCUCCCGAUGGGAUUUACUUCCCUUGUGGUCUCCCUUCUCUCCGAUUCUUCAUCGAUGAUGAAGGAGAUGAUGCUUUAUCAAAUGAUCCAUUGCUCCUGCUCCCUAAAAGAACCUACCAGCCAAGCACUAUCAAGCGCAAGAGGACUCAUGGUUACCUUGCGCGCAAGGCGACUAAAGGAGGGCGUAAGGUUAUUAAGCGAAGGAUAGCAAAAGGGCGAGCGAGAAUUGCAGUAUGACAUCUGUCAGUCAUAACUAGCAGGUUUACUAUAAGGCAACAUCGAAUCACUUGAAGUUAUGGAAGCUGUAUUUAAAAGCUUUGUUUGUUCUCCUCUGUUGUAAACUUUGGGCCAACCAUCCAUCCUAGUGUUCAAAUCCUGGUUUGCUGAAACAGCUAUGGUGAGAAUAAUUCUUCAGUAUUUGUUUUAUUUGGUAUUUAUAUCUCAGCAUGCUACUAUCCAAUGCUUUUGCCCUGUGCAUGUUUGCUUGGCAAAUGUCGGCCUGUUUAGAACACUAAUGGCUCUUCAUAACUUCUUGCUUUGUUUCUAGACUCUCUUGAUCACGUUGCUUUCUUUCUUU